GGCGGCGGCUUGCGUAAUGCAGCCCGCGCUGCAACCGGCGACCAGCUGCGAGAAGCGUCGAAGGCGGCCGGAAAGUGGAGAAAGAGGUUGCCGGGUCUCCGCCGGUCGCACAGUAUGCUUGAGCGCCCUUGCCCCUUCACUACCCGCGCUCUGCGGCUGCCGCGAUCCAGUCGCGCUCGGGGCCUCUCACUGGCUUUGUUCGACGCCGAGUGACGUGUGCUGGUUGUUCGAAACUUGUUCGAGUGGGUUUCCCUUCUAUUUCUUUCUAUCUUUCUUUUCUUUUUUCCUGUGCUGCGCCUGGAAUUUCCAACGAUCACUGACGAUCAACAAGCCUGCCUUUAGACACUGGCCACACCUGGCUUUCUGAGCGGCGGGCGGCUUCGUAUCUGCAACAAGCAUCGUCUCUUGGACCUCGCCUCGAGCCGUUGCUUCUCGCCUCGAGCCGUUGCUUCAAAAAUCGCUACUGUGUUUAUUGGAAACGGAUGCUACAGAUGCAGGAGGCAUGGUGCGACUACUAGCCACUGAAUUCGACAGUCGCGCUCUUUUCCCAGCCUUUCGUGUUUGAAAGACAGUGAACAAGAGGCAUCGUUCGGAUCCACCACAAAAGCGCAACCGAAUACGUCUGAAUCUUAUCAGCUGCCCACAGGAAGUUCGGUGCUCUUCCACUGGUACGCUGAAAGAGCCGCUGGAGCUUCGGGCCGGAAGUUCUGCCUUCGAGUCGGAAACGUUGUCAACUAUGGAGACGAAUUCGGACCAGAUGGCCAUGGGUCUUGGAGACCGGGGCCGCAAGCGCAUCGCCAUCGUGGGCGGCGGCUCGGCGGGCAUGGCGGCCGCCAAGUCGUGCCUCGAGGAGGACCUGGAGCCCGUGGUGUUCGAGCAGACGGACGCCCUCGGGGGGCUGUGGCGGUACCGGGAGGUGCCCGAGUACGGCGUGCCGUCCCUCAUGAAGGCCACCAUCAUCAACACGUGCAAGGAGAUGAGCAGCUUCAGCGACUUCCCGCCGCCGCGCGAGUUCGCCAACUACAUGCACCACACGAGCCUGGUGCGCUACUUCGAGCUGUACGCGAACCACUUCGGCGUCACCAAGCACAUCCGCUACAACACCGAGGUGACGCGAGUCGCGAAGAGUGAGGACUACGACGAGACCGGCCGCUGGGACGUCACGUACAGGACAAAAGGCCAACCUCCUCGGACGGAGACGUUUGACGGCGUGAUGAUCUGCUCGGGCCACCACGUGAUCCCCCACGUGCCGACCUUCAAGGGCCUGGAAAAGUUCAAGGGUCAGGUUCUGCACACGCACGACUACAAGAUCCCCGACGGGUUCCGCGACAAGAAGAUCCUCAUCAUCGGCGUCGGAAACUCGGGUGCAGACGUCGCCGUGGACCUGUGCCCUUGCGCUGAAAAGGUGUACCUGAGCACGCGCCGUGGCUGCUGGGUGAUUCGGCGCGUGGGCCUCUGGGGCAUUCCGGCCGACUCGUUCCUGAACCGCCGCACGGUGAACCUGUUCAACAAGUACGCGCCCGAGUGGCUCGUAAACCUCAUGUACGAGACGUACUCGAACGAGGCGUUCAGUCACAAGCUGUACCGGCUCAAGCCCAAGCACCGCUGGCGCAACCAGCACCCGACCAUCAAUGACGCGCUGCCCAACGGCAUCCUCAGCGGACGCAUAGUCAUCAAAGGCGACGUCGAGGAGUUCACCGAGACGGGCGUCAUCUUCAAGGACGAGGAAGGAUACGAGCAGAAGUUGGACGUCGUCAUACUAGCCACGGGGUACCUGGCGACGUUCCCGUUCCUGGACCAAGAUAUUCACAAGACGGAAAACAACAAGGUGUGCCUGUACAAGUACGUGUUCCCGCCGCACCUGCCGCACCCAACGCUGGCCUUCAUCGGGCUGCUGCAGCUACUCGGGGGCGUGUUCCCCGCCCAGGAGGCGCAGAGCCGCUGGUUCGCGCAGCUCAUCAACAAGAAGGUGUCGCUGCCCUCCUGCAAGGAGAUGCAAGCCGACUACGAGCGCUGGCGGGCCAACCUUGAGAAACGCUACGUCGACAGCCUGAGGCACACAUUCCAGGCCGACUGGGUGGACUACAUGGACGACAUCUCAUCUCAGAUCGGCGCCAAACCGGACCUGUGGCGCAUGUUCUGGCGGGAUAACGCGCUCUUCUGGAAGUGUUUCUGGGAACCCUGCCUGCCCUACCAGUACCGUCUUCAGGGCCCGCACUCCUGGUCCGGGGCUCGCCAGGCUAUGUUCACGAUGAAGGACCGCCUCAAGGGGCCGCUGGACACACGCAAGAUGCCCCGGGAUUCGAGAAGCGCGCGGGACCGCAAGGUGCGCCGCGUCGUUCCAACAUUCCUCUGGGUCGCCGUGGUCGUGGCCAUCCUCAUCUACCUGUUCACGCUCCUCUUCUGAAGAAGAGCGUACGGAAACGCUCGAGGCUGAACGUGUUGUGGCAAACGUGUGCUCGUCUUCCACUUUCUAACCUGCGGCCUGGAAAGGCGUGCAACGAAGAAUUCGCGGUGCCUUGCUCAUAGUCACCGAAACAUAACCUUCUGAGAAGAACUGGACCAUCUGGGAGCAUACACAUCCCCAGCUUGUGGAAGUCACGUUUCGGGCCCUGCCGUAGUUUUGCCAUAGCGAGCUUGAUUGUUUAGCUCGUCAUCGCCUUUGUCUUCAGAGAUCUGGAGAAACGUGGCUCCCAGUCUCGAGAGUUCGUGGUUUCCUUCUCAUGGCCACCGAUACAUAGCCGUCUAUUGAAGGAUUUCGAACAGUACCAGCACUUGACAUCGCGGCUUCUGUCUUACAUCGGCCGCAUUCCUUUAUAGCGAACGAGCGAAAAAGAAGGAACGAAACAUGGUGCCUUUCGCAUUUACAGCUCCCAAGCAAAAGAAGAAGAGAAAUGUUACCGUAAGGCACACUGAUGAGUGCCAUCAACACACUUCCUCUUCCAAGGAGACCGGUGGACACGCAAUAAUUGACAAUUGUCAGAGGUGCGUGUGGCACACGGCCACAUCUGUCUUCUGGAAAACCGGAAACAAGGGCGCCUUCGGCUCCUGCUUAUCUGAUUGUUGUAACCUGAGCGCUGCAAACACAUAACUUCUGAUGUUGAGGAGUACGUCCAAUCCACCAGCCUUUCCCUUCGAAAGACGAGAUACGAUAAGAGGUUGAGUGCUAUUUGUUAUUAAUAAGUUAGCAUUGUACAGGUCAGCCGAGAGGUCCAAAAUUCAACGCGUUGACGCGUUAGAGCAGAAGGUGAGGAUGUCGGCUCCCAGCCAACUAUGGCAGCCACUGCCACCAACGAGGAAGGAGUGAUGUCACGAGUCAUGUGAUUUGGUGGAGUCGGCGGCGAUGGAACGGAUGCACCGGCGACGUGGUGCCCUCGCGGUAGCGGUGCAUAAAAUCACUUGUAAUUCGAAUUCUUGUUGAGUUAACGAAACCAAAUUUUAAUUACAGGUUUUUCUAAUUAACAUAACCAUAUGUACAGUGUGUAAAUAAGGUUCUGAGUUAUGUACGAAGUAAAGAUAUAGACAAAGGGUAGAAGACGUCAGGACAGAGGAAGCAUACAGUUCCUAGGAAGUCAUAGAUAGGAGGAGGAGUCUUAUGCACAGGUCGGCGGACAAUCAUCGAAUCAUAGGAAGGCGCUGUCGCUAACACGUCGUUCAAAUUUAGCAUGGCUACCUACGUCUUAAUUUUGUAGGUACAUUCCCGCGUUCAUUUUCGAAUCAGACAUGAAAACUACGAAUAAGCAAUGCCCUCACGCAAUUGUCGCACCGUUUUCGUUUUUACAAGCACGACGUUGAAAAUAAGAUAGCGCCGUGUCUGUAGGGAUCUUUAAGAUGUGCUGUUGAUGUUGUAGCAGUAAUAAAAAAAAAUACAAGUGUAUAUGCUAUAGCCGUUGCACAGUGGUUAUGGCGUCUGCUUUGGCUGUGGGAGGUGGUUCGUUCAAAACCCACUUCCGGACACCCACCGGGAAUACAAAUCGGGCACAAACGUGUAAAUGCGAGAGCAUUACUUGUCGCUGAGUUUGGUGUUGUGGCGAAAUGUUGCUGAGUUUAGUGCUGCUGCGUUAGUUCCGAAUGUAAUGUUGCUGCUUAUGAGGUCGCAACAACGCAAGACGACAAACCGGCCAUAUUACGAUCUCUCAGCUAAGUUUUAUUGGCGGAGUUCUCAUUAAAGUAGUGUUUCACGCCCA